GCUGAGGAGAAGAGGCUAAGCGGGCUGAGAAGAAGACAAGAAUGAAGACAGCGGGAGCUCUCACCGUCACCGGCCUCCUCCUCCUACUGGCCAAGCCGGGACAGCCGCUCCGAGCCGGGGAGUGUGAAGUCUGUGUCUCAUUUCUGAGCCGCUUCUACCAAUCCCUGAAGGACAACGACGUGGAGUUCACACCGGCCGGCGUGGAGAAGGAGCUGGUGAAGACCUGCAAUGAAGCCAGAGGCAAAGAGAACCGAUUUGUACGUAUGCAGAGGGACUAUGCAGAGCAGGCCGGUGAUCCCCCCCACUGUGUCACAUACAAGCAGAUAGACCUGAGCACGGUGGAUCUGAAGAAGCUGCGGGUGAAGGAGCUGAAGAAGAUCCUAGACGAUUGGGGCGAGACCUGCAAAGGCUGCGCCGAGAAAUCCGACUUCAUCCGCAAGAUCAACGAGCUGAUGCCCAGAUACGCCCCCAACGCCGCCCAGGCGCGGACUGACCUCUGACCUCCC